CUCUGGAGCCUAGAUAGAAAAUGAGGACUCUGGGGUGCACCGAGCGUCGCGCACCCCAGGGGCUGGUUGAAGUACAUUGAUGGGGAUUUGUUUUGAUUCUCGGAAGCCUAAGUGUUUUUGGAUGGCGCUGUGUCUGAGGACUCCGACUGCUCUGAUAAUAGCCUGAGAAGACAGCAUGCUGUUCCUUCCCAGCGCCAAGCCGUCCCUAUUCUGAACCUUGGAUCUCAGUCCUUCAUGGAGACCAGCUCCCGGCAGGAAAUUGGCACCCAGAUGGUUCCUCUAUGUGAAAUUGUCUCUGACUGGAAGACACCUGGUAGCCAGGCCAGCCCUUUCUCAGUCAUCCGGGACAGGGCAGCAUGGUGCGGAUUCAGAGGCGGAAGCUUCUGGCAUCUUGUCUGUGCGUGACGGCUACCGUUUUUCUGAUGGUCACACUGCAGGUCGUGGUUGAGCUUGGAAGAUUUGAAAGGAAGAAGUUUAAAAACUCCAAUUUGCAAGAUGGACAUAAAAAAGUGGAGGAAGAGCCUCACCGUCUCCACCCAUUUCCUGAAAAGGAAGCCCUAGCCUUGGGUGUGAAGAACACAGUGGACGUUGGGAGCUACCCCAUUGUGCUGUGGUGGUCCCCACUGACAGGGGAGACUGGCAGGCUGGGCCAGUGUGGGGCAGACGCUUGCUUCUUCACCAUCAACCGGACCUUCCAACAGCAUCACAUGACCAAGGCCUUCCUCUUCUACGGUACUGAUUUUAACAUAGACAGCUUACCUCUGCCUCGGAAAGCCCAUCAUGACUGGGCCCUUUUCCAUGAAGAGUCCCCCAAAAACAACUAUAAGCUCUUCCACGAGCCGGCCAUCACCUUGUUCAACCACACAGCCACCUUCAGCAGGCAUUCCCACUUGCCGCUGACCACCCAGUACUUGGAGGAUGUGGAAGUCCUGACAUCACGCAGAUACCUAGUUCCUUUGCAGUCGAAAAACAACCUCAGACAAAGGCUUGCUCCGCUGGUUUACGUACAGUCCGACUGUGAUCCACCGUCAGACAGGGACAGCUAUGUUCGGGAGCUGAUGGCUUACAUCGAAGUCGAUUCCUACGGUGAGUGUUUACGGAACAAAGAGCUUCCUCAGCAGCUGAAAAACCCAGCCUCCAUGGACGCCGAUGGCUUCUACAGAAUCAUCGCCCAGUAUAAGUUCAUCCUGGCUUUCGAGAAUGCAGUCUGUGAUGAUUACAUCACAGAGAAGUUCUGGAGACCGCUGAAGCUGGGGGUCGUGCCCGUGUAUUAUGGAUCCCCCACCAUCGCAGACUGGCUGCCAAGUAACAGAAGUGCCAUUCUUGUUUCGGAAUUUUCUCACCCCAGAGAACUGGCAGAUUUCAUUAGGCAGCUGGAUUAUGAUGACCGAUCGUAUGAGGCCUAUGUAGAGUGGAAACUGAAGGGUGAAAUCUCUAACCAGCGACUUCUGACAGCUCUCCGGGAACGGAAGUGGGGAGUGCAAGACAUCAACCAGGACAACUACAUUGAUACGUUUGAGUGUAUGGUGUGCCACAGGGUGUGGGAAAACAGCAGGCUACAGGAGCAGGGCUUACCACCCAAACAGUGGAGGGCAGACGUUAGCCACCUGAGUUGCCCAGAGCCUAGCCUGUUCGCCUUCUCAUCCCCAGCCGCUCCGGCCCUGCGUGGGAGAUCGUUGAGAGAGCUGUGGCUCCCCAGCUUUCAGCAGUCUAAGAGAGAAGCCCAGGCCCUAAGGUGGCUGGUGGAUAGGAAUCAAAACUUUUCGUCUGAAGAGUUUUGGGCCCUGGUCUUCAAGGACUAGUUUUACACGGUACUAGAAUGACAGAAUUAGACUAAUUUUCUUGGAUGCCUUAAUAUUUGGAGAUAAUAGCCAUUCCGUUGAGUAUCCUUUAGAACAAGAAUUAAUUGUAGCCGUUCUCACAAAGAGCCCUGUCAAAUAAUAGCUGUGAAUUACUUUUAGAGGUUGCCUCUAUAUUUUUAUACUAAAAAAAAAAAAAUUAGACUUUUUUGGUUGCCUUCGGUGUCUGCGCUUGGACCCAUGUGCCCGCCGUCUUCUGUGGAGACUGACCUAAGGUCAAGUGCUCUCCUGGCUGCAGAUCUAGCUGUGGAAGGGCGAUCCCCACCUCCCUGUCAGCAGCUCGUUGGUGUUUGGCAAACCCGGUUUCUUGGUGCGGAGAAUGAAUGAAGCGCAUUAGAACUUGGCAAUGAGAGAUUCCAUCUGUUCUCAGGGAUGGGAGUAAGAAAAGCUGGGUCAGGCAUCUCUGUCCUCCCAGUCCAAGGGACACAACUUCCUUCGUCUUACACCCCCAAGCCACCUCACUAGCGAAGGGGCUCUAUUUGGCCCGAGCAUGGCACUCAUGGCUCAGGCAGGCCUUGCCCGUCCCCUUUUCCCUCUGUCUUGCUACACUGCUAGGUUAUGCUUGUAAAGCUAGCUGCCAAGGUCUCUUCCCUUAUUUGGCCACUUCUUGCCCCUGAGGAUGACCACCGAGGCCCAGCUAUCAAAGUUUUAAAGUCCAACAAUCAAAAGCCUCCUUUUGGCUGCCCCAAUUAACAUGCUCAACCAAAGUUAAACAUCUCGUUCUAACAUAGGUGUCUCCCCUUUUUCUUUAUAAACUGCCAUUUAUCUGUGGGUCUCCUCUCUAUCGAGAGGCAGUCUGUCCCACUGUGGCAAAUGCCCCUUCCCUCUCAUCCUCUGGUCCUCUGUCUCCUGCCCUUGUCUUUUAUUUCCUGUUCUUUGUCUCUCCGGGUAAAGUAAAUCUCCUUUGUGCUGAGAACUUGGUCUUGGGCUGUCUCGUGCCCACUUUGAUGUCCUUUCAACCAGUCUAUCUAUAUUCUCUUCACCUGUGGCCUCCUCUGAUUUCUCUCUGAAGUGCAAUUUUCUCUAAAAAUAUGUCUCCUAGUUUUUCUAUCUGUGAGAUGUCACUAAUUGUUUCUUAUACCAUGGGGCGGGAGAGGAAGAGAUGUCCGGUUCACGGCAAAGAGCCAUUUGUUUUGGUCCGGGUGGUGGAAGUGAAUGCCCUGGGCUCUCCUCUGGGGUGAAUCUGAUUGUCAUGAGCACGGUGUAUUAAUUCUAUCAUCGUAGGCAGUUCGUCUGCUGUUGAGCAUUGCUGGUCUCUAAUGUGGUCAGAGAACGUUCAGCCUACUGGUUACCUACUGGUGCUGUCUGAAAACAAAGAGAAAUAACACUGGAGUUCAAUCCAUUAGAUGGUAAGGAGACUGCUGGUUUACUUAAAAGCCUGUUGGUAACUGUUGUGUUGAUGUCUGUGUUCUUAACUGUGGAAAUACAUAAACCAUUGCUCUCAAGCUCUGACUGCCAGCCUGUAAGAAAUGAGGAUAAAAAGCAGCAUAGUCUUUUUUUUUUUUUAAAAAAAAGAUUUAUUUAUUAUAUAUACACAGUGUUAUGCCUGCUUGUAUGCCUGCAGGUUAGACAAGGGCACCAGAUCUCAUUACACAUGGUUGUGAGUGGUUGCUGGGAAUUGAACUCAGGACCUUUGGAAGAGCAGGCAGUACUCUUAACUGUGAGCCAUCUCUUCAGCCCCAAACAGCACUUUCUUGAUGAGUAGUAGGGUCCCUUGCUGGUGGAAGGACCCGUCUGUGGAGAGAGUCUCCUCAACUCUACAUCUGUCGUUAAUUCAACAUGAUUUGUUUGUUUGUUUGUUUUUGUUUUUUAAGACAGGGUUUCUCUGUGUAACAGCCCUGGCUGUCCUGAAUUCAACAUGAUUUUAGACAAGUCUCUUAACCUCCCUGGACCUUGGGUUUUGGAUCUGAAGAAGUGACUGAACUUAUCUUUGAGGUUGUAACAUUCUUUAAUUCCUCGUGAAAAUUUGAGAUGUUUAAUUUUAUAGGUGCUUUUACUAACGUGGGAAUAAACUGGCUUAGAUGUGUGUUUUUCAAGAGAAGUUUAUUCUUUGGAGAAUGGACCAUAUGUAUUUUACAUAGUAUUAGGACUGAAAGGGAUUUUCUCCCAUUUUAUGUAAUGACAUCAAAGCAGCGAGGUCUGAAAGGGGUUGUUGGUGUAAGGUCAGGCUUUAAAGUGUAUACUGGAUGAAGUGGAAUUCUUCUGAAUUCUCAGAAAUGGUCUUCAAAAGGAUUUAUGCCUUUGACAAAAUAAUGUAGUAGCUUUACCUUCUCUCCAUAAAUGUCUAAAAUAAAUGCUGAGUACUUCAUGUGUGUCUUAAAUCUCAGUAUUUCAGGUGGUUAUUAACAUUGUGAGAACUUCAAAUAUGAUACAUGUGUGAUGAGAAUGAUUCUUUCUCCAUCUUUCCCAGUGUCCCUGCAAUGUCCACUCUUCCCAACUUUGCCUUUUAAAAAUGCAUUAGAACGCACGAAAUCUAAUCAGUAUUGCUCAUAUGUGCACUGGUGAGGGGCCACACACUGGCUCAUAGGAGCAUUGCCAAGGGCCACAUUCUCCCUUGGAAAUAGCUCCUCUGUAAAUGUAAAAAGGAGAUCAUCUUUCCCACUUUUGCAGGGACUUUGCCUGACAUGAUCUAAUGCUGGUCUUGUCCAGGUACCAUGGGCUGCUGUGAGUUCAUCCAUGUGAUAGCAUUGCCAUGUCCAGAGGACAGCAUUUCACAACACUCCUUCCUGCCUUCUGGCUUUUGCAUCCUUUCUAGCCCAUCUUCCUCAGUGUUUCCCAAGCCUUGACUCACAUAUAGAGAGCUGCACAAGUGGCCAACAGGCUAAAAUAAAAGGCUGAGCAGCUCUCUAGUGACUGCUGCCCACUGUAAAAGGAAGUUUCAUCUACUCAGGUUCUGUUAUAGGUAUAAGCAUUGAGUUUGUGUUGUGUUGGCCAGUUAGUCCUGGGCAUGGGGCCUACCCUGAAGUGUGGUUGAUAUACCCAGUGAGAUUGCAUUGGAAAAAGCUAAUUUUUCCUUUGCCAGUAGUUAUAAAUUAAACAUAGCUUCUAGGUUAGUAGGUAGGAGCCUGUGUACACUUCCCCUGCUCAGUAUUGUGUGGUAUAUGUACUUAUUGGUGCUGGACACCCCACGUUCACUUAUUCUCUGUAUUUUGACCUUCAUGGAUCUCUAGAGUAGCCUUCCAUGAUGAGCUCCACCCCCAAUGAUGAGAGUUACCAUUGUCUGGGUAUAAGAGUAAAAGUUAGAAUACAGUUAGAAGCUGUAUUGAUCUAGCAAGAUGGGAGUAGUGAGUUCUUCUCUAGGUUCAGUGCCAUCUCCAGCUAUGGGUCAUUGGCAUGAGGUGCUUAAGUCCAAUCAGUUUCCAUCAAGAUAGAAGAGCCACUAUUGUGUAUCCCAGGCCUUCUUGCUCCAUCAUACUUCUUCUCCAGAGUUCCAUAACAAAAUUCUGCCUAAACUUCAUUGGAGUGUCUCUCUUAAGAAUUUUUAAAUGAAAUAAAGUUUUUGAUUAUGCUAGACCAUCCUCAUUUGUGGAAGAUGGAAAAGAGAGAAUUCCAUGGGAUUAAAAGCUGUAGUACAGAAAAAAGAAGCAGUUUGGUACUCUGUCCAUAAAACAAAACAAUCAUAGUGUCUUUAUUCAUGUAAAACCUCCGGCUGAACUCAUAGCUCUUUAACUGGAGAUUAUUCUAGCUGUCAGACACAAAGAGGCAUUUCUUUGUGCCGUGGAUAGUAGUUAGAGCAGAAAGCCACUGCUGGUCAAAGUGCAGAGAAUGAGUGUCGGGGAGAGCUCAGCUCCACAUGGGACAUGUACCUCACACCCUUCCCCAAGGUUCAGGGACCAUUGAGGAAGAGGAGGCAGAAACCGUGUAAGAAGUGAAGGUCAGGGAGGACUGUACUGAAAUGCUGUCUUCUCGAUAUUACAGCCUGCUGCAUGCAUGAACUCGCAGAAGCUCUGGUUGCCGGCACAAGAUCAAGUCUGGUGUGGGAAUGGAUUCUUGAAUCCUGACCAGCAACCAAGGAGCUGUGGACAGUAAAUGUAUUCUAGGGAAGAGAGGGUCAUUUUUCUUCAAUGGUAUAGCUCCUGGCAGGUUAGCCAUGCUCAUGUCACUCAUCCCAUACCCAGGAACAUAUGGAUAGCAAUAAUUGGAUUCUCUGGGCUAUUAAAAAAAAAAAGAAAAUGACAUUGUGGGCCAUAGGCGGUCAGAUGUAUUUGGGAAAAUAUAGGGACAGAACUUGUGAGUAAAUAUUAUUGAAACACAUUGUUUGAAGUUCUCAAAGAAUUAAAAAAACUAUUUUUAAUGAAGUACAUUUCAAUGAAAAUAAAUGUGAUACUAUAGGACUCUUCCAUACAGAUUUGAGACUUAAAUGCUUUGAGACUAAUUUUUGAUACUUAGCAUAUGCUUCUCUUGUCUUUAGGUUUUUCUUAAUAAGAUGCCUUCUUGCUUCAGACAAUUGUGUGAGAAAUGUGUCCUAAUAUAGCAGGGCUCUGCUAUAAAUAAGAGCUGUCCUCUGAAUGCCUAAGUGUACUUGGCCUGUGUUCGUGCUAUCAUGUGACACUUCUGUGAGCUGCUGCAAGGGGUCGCAAUAAACGCUAUGCAAUAGUCACUUCAGUGCCUCAGUGUAUUUUACUUAGAUUGUUCACAAGGACAAAGCUUCAAAGCAGUAUAGUGAAGUGGACAGAAAACCUACCAGAAUUGUUAUGAAGA